CUGAAAUCGAAAGUGUUUCUUUCGCGUCGAGGAAGUAUACCACAUUCUUAGUUCGUUGAAGUUGGUUUUGCUCCACUUUAUUGAAGAUUUCCUGCAUUGUAAGGUAAGAUCUUUCUUUAAGAUAGCUUAGCUGUGUAAGGUAAAUUUACAAUCUUGCCUAACAACACAAAAUUACAGGUACGCAACAUACGCAAUGAUGCAUUCCAUCAUGGUGACUCGGGCAAGUACUAGUAGCAGUUCUUUCCUCGUUGAUCUGACUCGUGCAUGCAUCGAAAGAAGAAAACCACUAAGAAAACAUAUACUCGGCAAGAUUAUUCAGUAGGAGAUUGGUAGCCUCCCUUAGUCUAUCAAAGCGAAAAAUUUGGAUAAUACAUUGUUCGAGGUUGCUAAAUAAGCUUAAUAUUUUUUGUGCUGAACGUUUGGGCCAUUUGAUUGUACUACAGUUAAAGCAUUCCACCUUCCAGCCAAGAGGGAAUGCCCAAAACACUCUUGGAGUGAGGCCUUUUAUUUUUGUCCUUUUAUUAUGGUACUUAACAUGAACUGUGGUAAUUACAACCGUUUUGGGAUUAAUUAGUGAGUCAUUCAUGGCUUCCGGCUUAGGGUAAACCAGGGAAUCCCUGGGCCAAAUUGUUCAAAGCUGGGUUUAGAUAACCCAGGGUUAGUGUGUGAUUUGAAUUCAGAUUUGAAAGCUUCCAAAGCAGUUCAGUUUUAUUCUUUUUGUCAUCAAGUUGAUGAUUGGAAGCUCUAAAAAUAGCACAGAAAAUUAUCAGAGAAAAUGCUGUCGAACACAAGAACGAGAAACCCGGGUAGGCCUUUCCCGAUUGCACUCGGAAAAUCCUAAAAAAGUGCUGGCAAAAAAGGCUAAAAAGUGCUCAGAAAGUGCUCAAAAUCUCAAAAUAGUGCUCAAAAAGUGCUAAAAGUUGUGAACAGUUACCUCUAAGCUUUUCGUAAAUAUGUCAAUUUUUACUGUAGUAAUUAACAAUCUAUUUUGCAUAGUGUUAUUCGACAGGUUGUUACGAAUGGUUGAUAGAAUAUAGAACAAUAAUACGAAUUGUAAAUAAAUUCAGCAGUACUAGCAUCAGAUGAUUUAGAAAUUUGAGAUGACACAUGCAUGAUACAUCAGCCAAUCAGAAACUUCUGUUCUCACGCUCAGUGAGGAUAAGUCCACGUGCCUUUCCAUGACAACGGUCUUUUAUUCUUGACAACAUCAUUAGUUAUUCAAAUUUAUGACCUGGAACACGAUUCUCGUCGCGAGCGACACUCAGUUUUUGCUUUAAAAUGUUUUAGAAGACAUAUGUUGCUUGAAAUUUGCUCGAAAUGUGAAAUAUUGCUCUAAUGUUGCCCAAAGUGCGAAAAAGUGCUUAAGGGUGCUCAAAAUGCAAAAUAUUGCUCCAAACUCAGAAAAGUGCUCAAAAGGUGCUCAGCGCAAUCGGGAAAGGUCUAAACCCGGGUUAAGCGCUAAUCGGCCUUUGAACAACUGGGCCCUGGUGUAUAAUUUAAAGCCCGAUUUACAUGACAAACUCUUACGGCACUCCUUUACAUAGCCUGAGUAAACAGUCAACAUUUCAUGGUGCCACCAGUGGUUUACUCACUAAGUGAAGUCUGAGAAACAAGUGCAGAAAUUCCAUACUGAUGACAUGUCAUGAUGUGUCACUACCCAGAUCUGAGUAGUGUGUCUGAUUGGUUGAAAAUGUGCUUCAACCAAUCAGGAGCACUUUAAGGCUUAUUAUUUCAGGAUCAGGUUACACAUACCAAAAUAAAAGAUCUGCAUUUAAUCCUAGGUUAAGUUUUAAUAGAAGCACUGAUAGAGAGCCAGUUGGCUGUACAUGUACAUGUAGAAAGAUUUUCACCCAACAUUGCAGUGAUCAUUCGUUCAGUUUUUAUCUUGGAACUAUGGAGUUUGUUGCUUCCCUUGGUAAUUUUUCUUGACUUUCCAGUGACUGUGUCUCUUUUAGCCUUUUGCUCUUGAAUUUAAUUAGUACAUUCCACAAUCAAUCUAAAAACGGAAGACAAAAUAGCUCCUAUGAAAAGCACAACACAAGCUGAUAUAUUUUUCCAUUUUACCUGUUGUUCUACAAUGUUUUUCUCAUCAGUGACUGUGACAUAAAUUAUACAAAGCUAUUCUAUUCCAAUUUCUGGACUGUUUCUCACUUGUUUUCUUUGAGAAAGACUCUCCUUUACAUCCCAGACUCAACAAAUUUCCUGGCUGAAUUGACUGCAAAGCAACUUACAAAGCAAAGGGGGCUGCAAGCACUCUUAAAAGGCUGGAAACUUGGCGUGAAACUAAUGGACCAGUGUGGCUUUUGAUUGGACGUAUAAUCUUUCCUACACAUGAAAAUACAAUCAUUCACAAUUAUUCCGAUUGGACAUAUCAUUUGUUUCAUGUGUGUAAAACAUUCUUAGCUCCUCAAAUUGGCUCAAACUCGUAUCAGUAUGCAAGUAUAUAAUGAGAGAUUAAUAGUGGUCCAAGGUUAAACGAAUAUGAAAAUAAUUGUCAUAUUCUUUUAUAAAUAUCAUCGAAAUGUUGAGCCCUUGUUUGUAAAUGUUUUGACACUGACUUUAAUUUUUAGAUGUUACUAUCAAAACACUAAUAACAAAACAAAACAACAUCCACUGACUGCCGUUACAUUGUUUAAAAUGAUCAGCCUGUCUGUGUAGGAGGGAGGGGGAUGGGUUGGUAGUUACUAAUUAAAGCUUUUAUAAAGUCCAUACUAUUCUUUCGCUGGUCAGGUCAGGUGCUUAGAUUAACAGUAGAGGAUUAUAUAAUUGUAAAUCAAGAAUACACUGUAUAUAUUCACUAUGAAGUAAUAAUAUAAAGUAAGUUGUAAUCUUCUGUGUGGCCAUUUGAGUUCAUUAAUUGAAUGAACUCCAAAAAAUGAACUCAUUUUUUUUAAUUGAAAAAUCAGGUGCUAUAUCAGCUGACACUGAGCAAUUUUUCCUUGUUCACGCUCAGCAAAUGUAACAUGACAUAACACUGCAAAACUUGACAUUGUUUUUAGUAAGUAAUUUUUUAAUAAGGUGUAUUAGUUCCUUUUUUUAGUUUUAAGAUCCGUUGUCCCUUUAUCAUUAAUGCCUGAGUCGCACAUAAAGAUUGGGUGCCUAAGAACCCGGGGGCUGGAGCUGCCGACCCCUUACCCAAGUAGCAAGAACACCCCAAAAGCCUGCCCUACCCGCAACCCAGCCACUGGCCCCGCCCGCCACACCUAGCCCCAGCCCAUUAAGCACUACAAGCACACAUAAAUGUGCACACUUAAUUGCAACAGUAGACCAGUAGGGCACCGGGAAUUGCCCCACAACAGGCCUAGUGCAGUAACCCAAACCCUGGCAAAAAUGCUAGAACAUAGGAUAACUGCCAGCUCGCCAAAGCUUGCCAAUAAAAUGCUAACAAACGCAAAUGCCAUGCCAACACCAUGCUAACUCCAAGCCAACUUCUGAGUAGCUAGCUCCUGGUCUGGUUGUUAACUAAGUUAAUUAACACUAAAUUAUUCCUCGAGCCUGAGUGGGCUCUGAGUCAAUAGCCGACUCAGAGGCCAUGAGGGCGAGAGGAGUAAUUGUUUUAGUGAAAUCCAACUAGUUGGUCAAAAAUAUCGAGACAAACAACUUUAGCGAGCAAAAUGCGAUUCAGCCGCCACUGUUUUGGUUUUCAAAGCCAGCGCUUUUUGCUACUAGUGGGUUAUAACAUAUAGCCUAGUAGUAGCUCAACCAAUCAGAAUGCAGCAUUGUUAAUAGACCACUAGUUGGAUGUUACUAAAUAAGUAUAAACCUCAUUAUAACUUUCAAACUUGACCUGUUGGCAUGUACUAGUUUUAAAUGUGUUAAGUGUCUUAAACCAACUACUGCAGUUUUAGGUGCAAACAGUACCAUCCCUCUGAACAGAGUGGCACCAUAAUCCUCUUCCCCCUUCCAGUCCACAAAAUGUUGGUACUUUUUUAUGUAUUUUUACUCAAAUCUGCAAAAAUCUUACAUACAACUUCAACUAUUGCCCCACUUAAUUAAGGACACCUAUGUCACUAAUAUAAGCAGUUGGCUUCCCUGUGAGGUUUCUUUUUAGUCCCAAUGUCACUAGUGGAAUAUUUUUUACUCAUAACAGAUGGUGAGUUUUGUCUGUGAACCGUUUGGAAAUCACAGUGCAAAUCUCCUUUUAAGCUGGGCUUAAUAUUGUAAUGCUUAACGUAAUGUUUCUGUCUAUUUUCAUUGUCUUUUUUAAUAGUCUUAUAUAGCUUUAAUACUGUUUUGUUUGUUUGUUUGUUUGUUUUACAUAUUUUUUAGACCCUGGGACCACUGUAAUUGGCUUACUGCUGUUGCUGUAUUCCUGCCCAAUUAAGCAGUUAUUCUUCUUUGUUUUCAAUGCAUAUUAAUUUUAUUAUCCUUUAUUUUUUUCUCUCUCUCUCUGUUUUUUUAUCACAUUAUGGGCAAAGCUAAUAAAAUAAAAUAUAAUAUAAUAAUGUCUUUAGUUAAAUUUAGGCUUCUUGUCAUGUCACUGACCUAUCAAAAUUCCUUCUCUACUGCCUUAAGUGUUGCGAGUUACCUUUUUUGCUUAAAAAUGUCUCAAAGUCGUAAUUUCACUUAACCGUGACAUACGUCCUUAUCAGCAAAGUUGUCCAAACUGUUGGAAAAAAAAGUGUUGACUUGGUAAUGGCCUUAAGAACCAUCUUAGGGGAAUGGGGUGGCAUUCAGACCCUUUGUUGUCCUGGAGCUAAUCCUGCACAAUUUGCAUAACUUGCAGCUGUAGGUAAAUUGAGACUCUUGCAGGGUACAGCUUUUGUAAUGUCAUGUAUGGGGUUAGCAAUCUAACUUGUGGGAAAUUGGGGGAAAUCCAUCAGAGUUCAGACCAUGAGAAUGUUUUUGCUUAUUAACUGAGUGUUCAAAACUGUGUUGGCACCAAAUGACUGCUUGUAGAGCUACAGCAUGUACGCACUUAGUUUAGGUUUUCAAGAAAACAAUGUUGAAUAGUCAGAAAGUAGCCUGGGCAAAUGGGCGACAUUUCGCAUCGCCAUCAGCUUCAUCACAAAAUGAUGUCUGUGAGAUGAGUGCAGAAAUUCCAUACUGAUGACAUGUCAAUACCCAGAUCUGGUAGUGCUUUUUGAUUGGUUGAAACAAACUUUCAGCCAAUCAGACCUACUACCCACCCGUACACACACUGCAUGUAGGCCAAUGUCAAAUGUCACAAUAGAUCUUGCACAACUUGACUAGCCUUUCAGUUAUGUAAGCCAUCUGUAUGAGUAUGAUUAGAUUGACAGCUGUCAAAAUCAGACAUCCGCUGACAAUUAUCACAUGACUAUUUCGCAGGCUCAGAUGAAAGACCAGUCGUUUUGCUCCUACAUAUAAGCUGAUAUAAUAAUAUUAUGUUACACUUACUAAUUUAACGUAAAAACGAAACUACGCCGGGCAGGGUUGUCAGUCGUUUAAAGCAGAAGCUUCUGCUUAAAGUUAUAUUGGCAAGCCAAAUUAAGGUCAAUUGACAGCUGUCAAAAUGGGACAUGUGCAGACCACUAUCAGAAAACUAAUAACGUGGGCUCAGGUUCGCUCAGGUACACGAUCUGGCAUUUUCCACUACAAGCCAGAUGGAUAUGUCUUACUCACACUCGUAGUCUGUUAAUUCGAAUAUUCGUCAUUUUAAUGAAGGUUAAUUGACAGCUGUCAAACUAGAGCAUACGCUGACCAUCAUCACCUGAUUGUAUCGCAGGCUCAUUUUUCUAUCCAUUGAGGUCAUGUAGUUUUUAAGGUUUUCCGCUGAUAUUUUAUUUGAUCACGGGCUCAAUUCGAAGCCCCAUAGCUUAGAAAAUCUAUCCAUCCUAGAAAAUUCGGCAAUCACGUAACCAUACACCGACCACCUGACCUUCCGUCCGCCCGCACCACAGGCAUACCAAUGUUUAAUAUCAGAUAUUGUACGUCCAUGUUUUGAUUAAUUGACAGCUGUCAAAAUAGUGUUUCUGCUGACCAGUUUCGCCUUACCGUAUCACGGGCUCAGGUAUCGACCCACUGGGUUCGAGUGUUUCUUUGAAGUUAUCCGCUGACAAGUUGCUACUUUUCAACUGAUCGCAGGCUCAAGUUCAAUUUUUUUAAAAUGCGUAUGAAAUUAGUCGUGUUCAUGAGAAGCACUUUGAUUUCGAACUGACGUCGGACGCGAGAAUUCAACCGGCUUUUACAUGUCGGGAAGGCAAUCGGUUUUGACUUUUCUCACUGUCACGCGUUGAUCACGUUCUACGUCCAAUUUUUAUGUUCUGAUUGGUCAACAUUUCUACAGGUGAGUUAAUGCGGAAAAUUUAUGCAGCGUCUGGAAACGUAACACCCAUAAGUAAGUAACACCCAUAAUCAUAACACGAGAUCCGUUUCCAAUAACAAUAUUACAACACCAGCUUGUAAAAGGAACUCUGGCCUUCGAACGUUUCACUCAAGCGCUUGCCGUUUGUGGAACGCUCUUGAUCCCGAACCUAAGACACUCUCCCAUACUAAUUUUAAAAAUUACUUAUUUAAACUUUACCGUAGUUUGAUUUCUUCUCUUGAUCAUUUUAAGAUUUGUAAAACCUUUUAGUUUCAUUAGUAGUCAAUUAAUCAAUAUUGUAUUAAUAGUAGUUUAUUGUGUAAUUUUAGUUGGUAGAUUAUAUUGGUAGUUAAUUAAUUAAUCGAUACUUUUUAUUAUUUUAAUUGUAGGAGGGCCAUUAUGAAAACUAUUGGGUGACCAGUAAUCAAUGUCUUUACCCUCGUUAAAUAAAGUUAUUACUUUACUUACUUACUUACGAAACUUGCUUAUUGAUAGCGGAAGCUGACAGAGUUUUGUGUCAUCUUGUGAUGUUUUAAACUGUCUUUUUCUACUUGAUGUACAAAAUGAAAUACAGCUGCUAUCAAGAUUGUUCUGUAAUUCAUGGCUGGUUUGUUUAUUGCGCUUUCUGUUGACAAAUGCGCCGCUUGUCAAAGUCAUUGGAAAUCCGAUUUCGGAUGGCAUCGUUUUCAGAAAUGAGCGUACUCACUUGCCCUAGCUUGAUGCGCAAGAGGGUUGAAAAGUCUCAAGCGAUUCUGGAACACUUGAUGACCUUCAGAAGAAGCAUCUCGACUGGUAAGCCUGAGCAAUUAUUGUGUUUGAUGUGUUUUUUUUUUCGGUUUCCUGAAGUCGAGCGUAUGGUUUAUGCGGCCAACGUUUAUACACGAGCAAUGAUCUAACCUACAAUAGUAUCAGGUUUAAAAAGCCUUUAGACAUUUUUUGACCACAAAUUCAAAGAAAAGGUUCCGAAGAAUAUUUAGUUAUGAUUUUGGUUGUAAACAGAAAGCUCUGAGCGAUUUUCUUGCCUCGAGUUCAUCUUGAAAACGAGCAAACACGGGGAAGCCUGCUUAAAACAUAAAUAAGCUCAUAUGCUCAUCUGACUCAUGAUUUUCAGAGACACUUUACUCUCAAUACUUGUCUUGGUGAAUGAAAAUUAUUGUCUCUGUACAUGUUUCAACGAAUUAUAUUUAUUUUAUUGAUUGUUAGUAGUCCCUCUCGCAAUUUUUAUAGCUGCACCGGUUGUUUCCAGUCGAACAUAAACAUCGCAUGAAGGAAUACUCAAAACGCCGGGGGUAAACAUCACUCGCUUUUAAAGAUUACACAUAACAAAACCAUGAACAGUUAAAUAAAGGGAAAUAAAACCUAAACACAACAAAUUCUCUGUCAGCAUGAUAGAGAAUUUGUUAUGUUUAGGUUUUAUUUCCCUUUAUUUAACUGUUUAUAAAUGGUAACUCUAUUAAUCGCACCGCAAAUUUUACCAUGAAAAACAGCAGAUUUACCAUGAAAAUAGAAGUAAAAAUAAACUUAAAAAAUAAUUAUUAUUUGGUAUGAAUUCACAGAAAUUCCAUCUCAUUGCAAGUGAUGCAUUCUGGGCUUAAUAUUGUUGAAUGUAAACAUAAUCUGAAGAAUCUGAAGUGGAAUGUACCCACCAGGGGGGGUACUAGGGAUUUCAAGUGACGGGGAUGAUCGAAUGGAGCCAAAAGUCAAGACCCCAAAAAAUCCCUGGACCAAUAAUGCAGACUAUUGUAUAACACGUGCGAUGUAAAGCGACACCAUAGUUAACUAUUAAACAACAGCAAACACCUUUACUUUACUCGCAGAACUACGCAGCCAGGGCACUACCGAUUCUUUUUAAUACCACCAAAAAAAUUCCUACUCAAAUCAAGCUACCCAAAAAAGUACUUGCCAAAUUUUCGUACCCAAAAAAAUCCCGGAAUCAAAAAUUUCAAACCCAAAAAACUCCUUCCAUCAUCCCCGUCACUUGAAAUCCCGAGUAAUCCCGAAUCCUGAGUAUUGAAAAGAUUUACUGUGAAAAUAGAAGUAAAAAUAAACUUACAAAGUUAUUAUUAUUAAUUUUUACAAUUUUUUUGGUAUGAAUUCACGGAAAUUCCAUUUCAGUGCAAGUGAUGCAUUCUGGGCUUAAUGUUGAAUGUAAAAAUAAUGUGGACAAUCUGAAUUGGAAUGUACUCGGUUCUUUGUCAUUGAGUGAAAGUUUCUUUCCUUUCUUUUUUAACUACACUUUGGUUGUGAAAGACCAUGCACGUAAAGGUGACAAACAAAAAUUACCUUCACAACUGCCACAUCUAUUUAAUUGUAUAUUUGUUAUGGUUCCUUAUCCUAGUAUCCUACACACUAUUGGUUUGAUUCCUUUCAGAAUUUCUCUUUUUAUUAAUAUCAUGCUAUACUUAUGUAACUUCCUUUGUAUAGUUUGUGAUGUCUUUGUAUGAGCAAACCAACUUAAAAGUCAUUACUUGUGUCCAGAAAUUGGAAAUAAUUCGGAUUUAAUUUCAUGGUGAUGAUGAUGAUGAUGAUGAUGAUGAUUAUUAUUUAAUGUUUCUCAUUAUUUUUCAUUUUAUUUGUCUAGGUAAUCACAUGAUUUCGAGUGCAAUUUGGAAUAAAUAAGCGCGAGUAAAUUUUUCAAAGACCAACAAGAGUGGCUCAGUUUCCUCGAUUUUGUUGACAGUAUUUUUCUCUUAGCACCGCAUUUUUAAUACAUUUAGCCUGAAAGACGUACUUUUCACUAUGUUCGGGUUUUUGGGAUAUUUUGUUAACUUUUCUGUUGCUGUUUUGCGUACAAAAUUAAAUCUCGUCGCCGUCUGCUGAAAACCAUGGCCAUUUUCUUAAAUUUUAUUGUUAAAACAACUCUAAUCUGAUUUGGUUGUUGGUUGUUGUUUUUUAGCAAUGUAGCCUGUAGGUGUAUUGUAAAAUGUGAAAGUAUUGUAAAUAAAUGAGAGAAAAAAACCUGGGGUUUAAUUACUUUAUAUUGGGCACAGUUAUUAUUAUUCCAUCUGACGUAUUCCAUAUGACGUCAUAUACACGCUUGCGUUUAGGCGAGGAUUAAGGCUAGUGGACACUUUGUGAUGUCUAUCAUAAGGGGCAUGAAUCUCAUUAACUUAAAAUCCUGGACACGGAAAGUCAAAGUACAAAGAAAAGUCACCAUUUGAACACUUACUAGUGAUAAACUUUUUGCAAUCGUUUUCUAUGUUUUGUUUUCUUUUAGGUGUUUAGCCAUUCUGAUCAUGCUUUGAAAUGGCAUCUUUUAUGGACAGAUCCCGCAAAGUGCAAGUCACCAUUUUGGCCUCUGAAUGGGGAUCGAGCAAAGGAGGGCUGUCCACCAUAAACAGAGAAUUAGCCAUUCAGUUCGCCAAAUGCCCUGAAGCGGAAAUCACUUUCUUUCUUCCAAAAUGCAGUCAAGAGGACAAAAAGCUAGCCCUCCAACACAACGUAAAGAUCGUUGAGGCAUCACGCCGGCCUGGCUUUGAAGAACUGGAGUGGCUUACCUUUCCACCAGAACAUUUACAAAUAGAUGUAAUCGUUGGUCAUGGAGUUAAACUCGGCAAACAAGCACAAAUCAUUAAAGAACGUAAGAACUGCAAAUGGAUCCAAGUCGUGCACACAGACCCAGAAGAACUGGGAAUGUUUAAGAAGUAUUCCAACCCAAUUUCCAAGGGUCAAGAGAAACAUAAAACCGAGGUAGAGUUGUGUGAAAUGGCAGACCUCGUUGUAGGAGUUGGACCCAAGUUGAGUGAGGCCUUCCGCUCGUAUCUUCGAGGGUGCCAAAAGGAUGAAAGUGUAGUGGUCUUGACUCCUGGAGUAUUUAAAGAAUUUUCCAGCUUGAAACAGGCUGCGGAAGAAAGAAAACAACGCAGUGUCUUGGUGUUUGGUCGUGGGGACGCAGAGGAUUUCGAACUAAAGGGAUUUGACAUCGCUGGAAAAGCGGUCGCUGCAUUACAAGAUACACGUCUUGUGUUUGUUGGCGCCCCAGAUGGAAAACACGAAGAAAUAGCGAAUAGGUUAAUCGAAUGUGGUGUUCCUGCAAGUCGCUUGAGAGUAAGAGGAUUUAUUGACGACCGAGAGAGUUUAAAGCGCUUGUUUCAGGAAGUGGAUCUUGUAGUCAUGCCUUCAAGAACAGACGGCUUUGGGUUGGCAGGUCUUGAGGCCCUGUCAGCUGGUCUCCCUGUGCUUGUCAGUCACAACUCGGGGUUUGGAGAAGCACUGUGCAGUGUACUAUUUGGUUCAUCCUUUGUAGUUUACUCAGAGGACCCCACCGAUUGGACCGCAGCCAUCUUUAAAGUCUUGGCCAAGGACAGAAAAAGUCGACUUGAGGAAGUGAAAACUUUGCGCGAUUCGUACGGCAAGAAAUUUAACUGGGCCAAACAGAUAAGAGAUGUUCUUCACAAGAUGAUCAGCUGGACUAACGGUAUGAAUGUCAAAUGAAGUUUAUUUUCAUCAUGUUUUAAUUGAAGCACUAUGACCAUGCCUACUGAUAAUGGCAGCAAAUUUUAGUUUUCUUAGUUUAACCCCUCCUCUAAAUCAACAAUUUAUUUUGAUUACUUAAGACGCUGUUUAGUCUGAAAAGAAAACAAACAAAGGCUGUUUCUUGUAAAUGGUGUUUCAUACACUUAACGUUUCCGGCUACUCACAAUCCAGAAAACAAGAAACCUGAGUGUUUUUACUGUUUCAUACACUCUUUAAAAGAUAAAAAUCUUGUCCUUUUUUCUGCAGUUGGUUUUUCAGAAGUCCAGAGCUUCGCCGAAACGAUAGGUGGAACCGUUGUGUCUUCUCACCUGGCUUCUCAGGCUAUACGAGGCACGACAGAGAAACAUGCAGGUAACCCUUAAACCCUGGGUCGUGAUCGGAAUAAACAGCUUCCACGAUUCCUCUCCCGAUUAUGUUUUUAAGGUGGCUUACUGCAGUUUUUUGGAUGAAAACUAACGACUUUUUCAAACUGGAACAUUCUUUCUGAACUUUUUUUUUUUCACUGUACUGAACUGUUUAUCACUGCAAUUGAUGUAAAUUAUCAUUUUACCUGCUAAAAACAUUUUAUUGCAUAGUAUAACGCGAAAAAUAGUGACCUAGCAUCCAGAAAAAUCCAAAUCCAGGAAGUUUUUUUAGUUAUUAUAAAAUGAGACAAAAUUCCACAUUUUUCGCUUUUGCCAAAAUUCAGUCUAUAGGAUUUCUUUCUUUCUCCCUAAAAACAAUUAUUUCUACGUACUAAAUGAUACCCUGAAAUUUUCAGAUGGGGUCGUACGGCUAGUUUCCAAUAGCGCUGUCACCUUUUCAAGGCUAUAAGAGCUAUCCAGCCAUAGAGCUAAUUCCUAGUCCUUUCAUGAGAGGAUCUAGAGUAGAAAAGUUCGUGGCGUUCACAGCUAUAGUAACUUAAUUUCGCAGUGAUUUAAAAUGUCUCAUCGACAUUUACUGCUAAUUCAUGGUCGGUUACGCCAGUAUGGUUUUUUGCUGUCUGUAAGGAAUGUAUUAAAAACAACUAAGCAUAUAUGACAAACAUUUUUAAGUCUUCCAAGUCAAUUGUCUCAAUUUGUUCCUGUAGUCUCAUAACUGAUCAUAUUUACCGUCGUUUCAAAAAAAUGUCAACAAAGGAGUCAUUCUGUUAGGAGCAACGCUUGGUUUGUGAUGAGAAUGGGGUUUUAAGCGAAUAAGGUUUAUACAGUGUACCUCGAUUAUAACACACGUACUGUAUAGUAAAGCAAUUUACUUUAGUAGAUCUAAUAAACAAUUCAUAAUUUUGUUGGAUUCUUCUUUUAGAUCCUGAUUCAACUCAGUAUGCCUCCACCAAUGGGAGAUCAAAUUAUUCCCGGUUAUGCCGUCUUCUAAUCAGCUUGGGUUCAAAAGCCCUCAGAGAAACGUUUGACAGAAUAAUUCCACCGCAAAGUCUUCAACGCAUUCUAAAACGGAACCCAGCACACUCUAAACUUCAGUCACGUCGAAAGGAAGGGAUACUAAACUCAGUCCAGUGGAGUAAACUGUAUCCUACCACACCCUCCGAAGUUUCAUCGGCAGGCUUCGACAUCCCCUUGCUAAUGGUUCUUCUAAGGACAAUCUGUGAUCUGAGUCCUCCACCCGCUGGUUGGGAUGCUCCU